AUGUGGGAAGCAGGAGAGUCCCAGCUGGUCAGAAAUCUGGGUGGUUUUACAGUGGUGGAUAAUGUGUGUGAAAGCACCACUCAUGUGGUGUCCGGCAGCCCACGACGGACCCUUAAUAUCUUGUUAGGCAUCGCACGGGGCUGCUGGAUCCUCUCCUUUGAAUGGAUCCUGUGGUGUUUGGAGCACAGGCAGUGGGUUCCUGAAGAGCCUUAUGAGCUGUCUGAUCAUUUCCCUGCUGCACCUAUAUGCCGUCUGCAGCAGCAUCUCUCUGCUGGGGAACAUCAGCAGGAUCUGUUCCAGCAACAGCGGCCCAUGUUUGUGUCCCCAAACUCCCAGCCCCCCUGCAACAGCCUGACAGAACUCAUUCAGCUUUGUGGAGGAACUGUAUGCCGGAGUGUCCGACAGGCUGGAAUCUUUAUUGGACAGUAUAAUGGCAAAAAAACAGAGGGGAGCUGCAGUCUUUCUGAACAGUGGAUUUUAGGUAAGAUGGCAAAUUGAUGAUGAUAAUGAGCAAGAAGUGUUGUAGUAUAUUCAUAACGUACCAUAAACAAAAUCUGUGUGUGCAACAGCACAUUGUGAAGAGCUAUUAUAAAAUGAUAGGCUUUGUUCAGAAUUUAUUAUUAGCACACUGCUGUCGUACUGCAUUGUAUAUAC